GCCAGCAGAUAAGAUGAGGUCGGGUCUGUUAUGGACGGCUGCUCUGUUAAGCGUCGUUUCUGCUAAGGCACAGUACCUUGAUGACUUUCCAGUAUCUAUGCGAGUCAGAAGAGACGUAAAUAUGCAGCAUGGCUGUAAUAAAUGUUUGUACUUUCCUGGCAGGUUGAGAGUGUGCAUCUAUUUCCCCUGCACACCACCUCAUGCAGACGUCAAGAACUGCGUAUGGUGCAAACAAUUUGGGCCACAUAAAGUAUGCGUCCAGUACACGUGUUUAACUAAUAUUAAUGGUGGUAAAGAAUGCACACCUGGCUCGUCAUAUCUACACAGAUGCAACAUCUGCACAUGCGGGAAAAAGCCGAACGAUGAGGAAUCGACGUGCAGCAACAACUUCUGCAGAGAUGACGUUCCUGCAUACCCAGAGGGAUAAAGGGGCACAUGGGGUCCCUGUUGUGGCCGACUUCAUGCGUGGUGAAAGAAGUCGGACUGCCACCGCCAUGUGCAGAUGCCUGCGUCAGAUUCUUCACGGUAGCAUCAAAUGUAUUCCUGGAGUCUGUGCAAUCGAAAAAUAAAGAAAUACUAG